AUGAAACUAUUUAUAUUAUUAUAUUUUUUAAUCAUUUUUAAUUUAUCAUUAAGUUGGUUUACAGGUGGAAGACGUCGUAGUAGUACAUGUCGAGAAUAUUUUGGUCAUGAGUCAACAAAUAAACUUCUUCUUGUUAGUCUUGAACCAGUUAAAAGUGAUUUACGUGUUGAUUUUCGAUCAUAUAUACAAUCAGCACCUAUACCAUCAUAUAAAAAAAUACGCUUUAUUAAUCAUUGUUGUUUUAUAUUUCCAUCAACAAAAACAGCAUGGAAAACUGAUAUGGAAUUUUUUGGUCGUCGACAACGUUUAUUAGAAAUUGGUGAACGUGGAAGUAAAAUAAAACGUAUAACAAUACCAUCGGAUUUAAAUGAAAGAAAUAUACUUUUAUAUACAAAAGAAAAUCGUCUUAUUUGGUCAACAUGUGCACAAUUAGAACAAUUAACUAAAACUUCAUGUGAUUCAUAUUGGUUAAAAGGUUGCCUUGUACGAGAACAUGGACCAUAUACAUGGUAUUGUAAUUUAACACAACAUAUUUCUUAUACAGAUGAUAUUCCAAGUAUUACGGCUUUACAAGGUGGUUCAGAUUUUAUGGAAGCACGUAGUCCAAGCAUGAAAACCCAUUGUUAA